CAAGUAUCUUUGCAGCCACGCAAGAUAUAAGAGAAAAGAAUAACAUGGCUCCAAUGGACAGUAAGGCGAUGACUCAGAACGUGUGAGUCCUCAGACAAGUUCGAGAUAUACAUAGCUUCUCCCAUCUCCAUAUUGACCCGUUGCGCUACCACAUUGCUCAAGAAGCCCCAAGGACUGGGGUGGGGCUUCUCAAACACAAUUACAUGGAGGUAAUAUUUUCUGCUGCUAUGGGUGAGCUUGCCAGUAGAUCCAUGUCUUUCCUCGUGGACAGAUACCUGAGGCAGAAGGUAGCGCCAACCGAGGAGGAGCGGCUCCACAGCCUGCAACGACUGCUACUGCGGCUUCACAUCAUCAUCGAGGAGGCAGAUGGUCGGCUCAUCACAAACCAGGCCAUGUUGCACCAGCUCAGCAUAUUGAAAAAGGAGAUGUACAGGGGAUAUUACACCCUCGACGUAUUCAGUUGCCGAACCCAUGGAGAAGACAGGACAAAGGAUCAUCAAGUCAAUAAUUCCUUUGCGCUCUCUGUGUUCAACCCUGCCAAGCGUGUACGUUUCUGCAGUGGCAACAGUGAAGAUGCAGCGCAGGCUGAGCUGCUGGAGCACGUUCUUGGCAGCAUAAGAAAUACCAUUGAAGAUGUAAGUGAGUUUGUAAUGUUUCUAUGCAGAUGCCCACGUUUGCACCGUCAACCAUACAACAUGUAUCUGCUGCUGGACAAGUGCAUGUUUGGACGCCAGAUGGAGAUGGAACAUAUCAUGAACUUCCUGUUGCAAGCGGAAAGGGCUCCCAGUGCCGCUGAAAAUCCAUCCGUCCUGCCGAUCAUCGGUCCCAUGAGAGUUGGAAAGAGCACCCUUAUCGAGCAUGCUUGCAACGAUGAAAGGGUGCGCAACCAUUUCUCCCAGAUUUUGUGUUUCAGUGGCGAUGACCUUAAAGAUGCAAGUUUAGAGACCCUAAGAGAUGGAGGUAGAAUCAAGCAUCAAAACUGUGGUAUGGGGAAUGGAAGGACACUGAUCAUCAUUGAGCUAGUUCUGGAUAUUGACGAGUCUGUAUGGAAAAGGUUGUAUUCAGCCGCGAAAAGCUGCAUCGUGAGUGGCAGUAAGAUCAUAGUCGCGAGCCGAUCCGACAAGAUCGCAAGUUUUGGAACCACACAGCCCAUCAGAUUACACUUCUUUACAGAAGAAGCAUACUGGUACUUCUUCAAGGUGCGUACUUUUGGGAGCACGAGGGUGGAGGACCACCCGAAGCUUGCAGCCAUGGCCAUGGAGAUGGCCAGGCUGAUGGAUAGGUGCUUCAUGGGUGCAGCCAUCUUCAGUGGAUUACUGAAAGCAAACUUUAGCCCCCGUUUCUGGAGCAUGGCCCUUGCAACCCUCAGGAAUAUCAAGCAGAAGAACAUCUUGUUGUAUGGCGAACGUUUUUCUGUUAAUUGGGAGUUUGAGGAGCCGGUAUAUCUUAGGAGAGCAAAUAAAACUUCUUCUGAAUGUUAUGUAACUCACGCUGAUUACCAAACAUGUUCUCCUGAAGCUGAACCUGAAGGUCCAGAGAUGAUGAGCGUGCAAGACCUUUACUUUGGAAGGGUUAGACCUCGAGGAAAUUUCAAGGUCCGUGCAUGGACAUCUCACCUGCCGCCUCACUACAGUUACAUGUUGCACUGUGGGAUACAAGCGCUUCCAGAAGAGUAGCAACCUAGUUAAUUGUCUAGUUUUUUCAUUUGUUCACUCAUGUUGCUCAGAAUUGAAUUGCUUGGAAGAACACAGUUUCUUUCAAGCAUUCAUCCAUGUUGCUGGGAAUUGAAUUGUGAAAAAGAUGUGUGAAGACCUUACAGGGUUUCAGUCUUGCAGAUCAAUUGUGGAAAAAGAUGUUGUUUAGACCUUACAGGGUUUCAGUCUUGCAGAUCAAC